AUGCUCAGCGCCCUCGCCCUUCUGCUCCUCAGUCCCCCCCUGGGGGUGGGCUCCGAACAGUGCCCCCCCGACCGCCCCUGCCACGGGUCUUCAGCCUGGGUGGACUGCCAUGCCGAAGGCCUCACCCAGGUCCCCCAAGGCCUGCCCCACAGCACCCGGUACCUGGAUCUCAGGGACAACAAGCUGGCCAAACUGCCGCACCUAUCUUUCAACCAUCUGUGGUCCCUCAGGAUCCUGGUUCUGUCCAACGCUGGACUCCAGGUCCUACAGAACAAGGCGUUCUGCCACCUGUACCUCCUGGAGAAGCUGGACCUGAGCGGCAACGAGCUCCGCCGGCUCCCCGCAGACUUCUCCGAGUGCCUGUCCGCUCUGCGGGAGCUCCGGCUGGCCGGGAACGCCCUGGAGCGCCUGGACGCUCCCAGCCUGGACGGCCUGGAGAGCCUGGAGAGGCUGGACCUCGGCGGGAACCGCCUGCGGACCGUGGCCCCGGGGGCCCUGCGGGGCCUCGCCCGCCUGCGGCACCUCCGUCUCCACGGCAACCGGCUGGCCGCCCUGCCGGUCGGCGCGCUGCUGAGCCUGGAGGUGCUGCUGCUGGGCAACAACAGCCUGGCGGAGAUCUCCGGCGAGGCCCUGGGGUCCCUGCGCGCGCUGUCCCUCCUGGGCCUGGAGGACAACCGGCUGGAGCGCCUGCCCUUCGCGGCCCUCCUGAGCCUGCGGACGCCGGGCACGCGGCUGCGGCUGGCGGGGAACCCCUGGAGCUGCGACUGCGACCUGCACCACGCCUUCGGCAAGCUGCGCCGCGUGCGGAGGCUCGCCGUGGACGACUACGCCAACGUCACCUGCCGCGGGCCGCCGGCGCUGGCCGGGGCGGCGCUGGCCGAGGUGGACGGCCGGCUGUGCCUGGCCGAGACCGCCACCGUGCUGGUCAUCACCGUCACCGUGCUGGUCACCGUGGCGGCCGCCGUCGUCAUGGCCGAGCACAACCGCAAGAAGGGCCGGGACUCCGAGUCCGAGGACGACUUUCAGGACAAGUGA